GUUUCCGAUAUAGCGAGUGUCAGUGUUUUAUCAAAUUUUUCCAGUGCAGAUACAGUGUAACUAAUUGUAUAAUUAUAGUGUCAUUUGAAGUUCAAAAUUUUAAAAGGUAACUAGUAAGUUUAACCAUUUGAAGUUUUGUAUUGUUUUAGCAAUGGAAACGGUUAUACAACCCACUACAGCAAUCGCUGUUACACAGAUACCUGCAGAGAUAGAGGCAAUAAUUAAAGCAGCUGUUGAACACACUGUUGUUGGUUUAAUGGAACAGCGAGUUGGUAGAAGAAUACAUGGAAGAUCCAGGUCUAGAUCCAAGAGCAGAAACCGGUCUAGAUCUCGCAGCCGUGGUAGUCGUUCUAGAUCUAGAAGCGGGAGUAGGCGCGAAAGAUCUAGAAGCAAGGGCAGAUAUGACAGAUCUAGGUGCCGGGGUGUCUGUGAAACACCUGAAGGAAAUGCAAACGAAUGGAACAGUAGGGUAGAUUUUGGAUUUCCACCACAUCAUCAUGAUCAUUUCUACCACCAUCAUCAUCCACCAGGUUGGAUGGGUGAACAUUUCCCCUUCAGACGUCAUGGUAGACAUGGAAGACGUGGUAAAAAAUUUCCAUUUCAUGGUGAAUGCUUCUGUAACAAAGAAACGGAACAAAAUAUAGCUGCAAGUGAAAAGGAAGGUACUCCUGUCGCCCAUAAGAACUUAAGAGCUCGUUUUGAAAACCUAGAUGUAGAUGAUUAAACAAGGUUAUGGUAAACGGCUGUAAAAAUCGGCAACCAGAAAUAAAUUACUUAUUGUAGAUAUAAGUACAAAGAAAUGUGUUAUCAUUAAUUAUAGUAAUAGAUAGAUUUUAUUUAUUGUUAAAUUUUUAUUUUAUACUUAUACAUAAAUUAAUAUUUUGGAAUUAUUUUUAUUAAUAAAAAAGUAUUUUUA